AUGGCUUGGGCAGGAAACCAGACUCUGAUCCACCACUUCGUCCUCCUGGGCCUCUUCACUCACUCGCCACUGCACUUUUUCCUCUUCUCCGUCAUCAUGGUCAUGUUUCUGGUGGCCUUGUCUGGCAAUGGCCUCAUGAUCCUUCUCAUCAAUGUGGAUUCACGUCUCCACAGCCCCAUGUACUUCUUUCUUAGCUGGCUGUCGCUCAUGGAUCUCAUGCUCAUCUCCACCAUUGUGCCGCGAAUGGCUGUGGACUUCCUCCUGGGUGGUGGCUCCAUCUCCUUCACAGGUUGUGGGCUCCAGAUCCUCUUCUUCCUCACCCUCCUGGGGGAUGAGUGCUUCCUGCUGGCCUUCAUGGCCUACGACCGCUACGUGGCCAUCAGCAACCCCCUGAGGUACUCGGUAGUCAUGAGCCGCCGAGUCUGCUGGCUCAUGGUGGCAGGGUCUUGGCUUUUUGGGCUGGUAGACGGGCUUAUCCAAGCUGUUUUCACCCUCCGCUUUCCCUACUGUGGCUCCCAGGAGAUCGACCAUUUCUUCUGUGAAGUUCCUGCUGUGCUCAAGCUGGCCUGUGCUGACACCUCCCUGUAUGAGACCAUGAUCUAUGUCUGCUGUGUCCUCAUGCUGCUUCUGCCCUUCUCUGUGAUCUCUGCCUCCUACCUGCGCAUUCUCGUGGCAGUACUCCGAAUGCGCUCUGCCGAAGGCCGGCAGAAGGCCUUUACUACCUGCUCCUCCCACAUGGCGGUUGUCUCUCUCUUCUAUGGAGCUGCCAUGAUCACCUACAUGCGACCCCAGGCCUACCACUCCUCCAAGCAGGACAAGGUGGUCUCUGCCUUCUACACCAUGAUCACGCCUAUGCUCAAUCCUCUCAUAUACAGUCUGAGGAAUAAGGAAGUCAUGGGAGCUCUGAGGAAACUCCUGGGAAGGUGUUCCCUUGGUGGAGGACAGGACUAA